GAAAGAAAGAUUAUGAAACAGAAAAGAAACGAGGAAAUUUGAGAAACAAGGACAAAGAGAAACAACAAGGGAAUGAGAGAGAGAGAGAGAUAAAGAAAGGGAUAGAAGUGGAAUGUAUGAUCAAAGAUAAAGAAAGAUAAGAUACGACAGUCCGAGAGAAAGAAAAAUAUAACAGAUGGUAAGAGAGCGGGAACGUGAGAAAAUGCAAAGUAAGAGAGAUCUUAAAUAGAAAGACAGAGGAAAUAUAAGAGGGUGAGCAAAGAGAAUGCCUGAGCAAAAGUGAGAGCAUAGAAAAGUAAGUGAGAGUGGAGUGAAAGAGCGAGAAAGACAGAAGAAAACGGGAGAGGGAAACAGAGCGUGAGAGAGAGUGUAGGAUGUGCGGCCGAUUUUGGUUGGACACAGCCAAUGCCAGUAAAAAAAGUGGCAAGGGAGAUUUCCAGAGGAAGUGAGUUCCUCCUCACAAAAAUUUAUGACCGUUCAGCUGAAAUUAUGCCAGUAGGCAAUAAGGUAGCUUGAAUACUAAGGGGGACUGCUCGCUUCUUCGACAAACACCAAGUGACCAGGAAGAAGAACACAAAUAAAUCUAUCAAAGCCAAGACGAAAAUGAAAGUAUUAGCAGGAAGCAGAACAGAACAAAAAGGGUAAAAGGAAAUAAAUCGCGUCGCAAGAUAGUAGUCAAAGGAACCUGUGUACAACUGAGGAAUGGAAUACCAAAAAUAUUAUCAUCAUAUUACUCUAACAAUCUACUUCAGCCAAAGGUGAUCCACAUCAAGGUUUUGUAUGAAGGGGAUUGAUGCAUGCACAGAUUCCAAGUCAUUUGACUGCGGCCAUGCUGGAUCACCUCAGGACUUAUUCUUUGCCUCUUUCUACCCAUAUCCUUCGGCGAUGUAUGAAGAAGACUUGAUCAGUCAACGAGCGAGAGCCUUCCCUUUGAGCCAUGGACUUAUGUCAGCACCUCAAGCUUUCUCAUUCGGUUUCUCCGUGCAUCCUGCACAUGACCCGAUGUCCUUGACAGUUGGUCAAGGGCAGCAGUUCAGUACCUACCCACAUCUAGCAACCCACGAUCACAAGCGAAUGAUCAGCGGACCGGGUGGCGGUCAGGUGGAGACCAGUGACAAAACAAUAAAGAUUGUUUUAGAAAACAGAGACUUAUGGCAGAAGUUUCACACUCUGGGUACAGAAAUGAUUAUAACCAAGACUGGACGGCGGAUGUUCCCAACGCUUAAGGUCAGUCUAGAGGGACUUGAUCCUCACACCAAAUACAUAUUGCUUAUUGAUGUGCUCCCCGUCGAUGACUGUCGCUACAAAUAUCACAAUUCCGAAUGGGUGGUCACAGGCAAAGCUGAACCCCACAUGCCAGGACGUCUGUACGUCCACCCGGAUUCCCCAGCAUCAGGCUCGCAUUGGAUGAAGCAACCAGUCUCAUUCCACAAACUCAAACUCACUAACAACAAUUUGGACCAAAACGGACAUAUUAUUCUGAACUCCAUGCACAAGUACCAACCAAGAGUUCACGUCGUACAGGCCAACGAUGUAUUCACUAUGCGUUGGGGAUCAUUCUACACCUACGCCUUCGAGGAAACAAAAUUUAUUGCAGUGACAGCUUAUCAGAACGAACAGAUAACACAACUAAAGAUUGAUAAUAAUCCAUUCGCAAAAGGUUUUCGAGACAACGGAAUGGGCAGACGACUUGAUGAGAGAAGUAUUCUUCCGCCCAAAGACGUAGUCUCUCCAGAUGUGACAGAGCAGGUCUCAUUAAAACUACUUUCAACUAAAACAGACAGUUCAGGGGACCAUAGGUUAGCACUGAAGCGCCCGGGUGGCGAUGAAAAUGACGCCGACUUCAAAAAAGAACUGAACGUCACAAAGAAGUCACGAAGCGAAGAGGAAGGUAGCGAGAAUAGCCAACACACGGGAGAAAACAAAGAUGGCGUCAACGACAGUCUGUCUGAUUCAUCUGACGAAAUACAGAGCGACAAUCCUGACACAGACCUUCCUCCUUGUCAGAUAUUGGAGAAGACAUCACGCACUCUCAACUCCUCCGUCACCCUUACAAAGCCGUCGCUGACAAUGUCGCCAAAUCCGGCACAGAAUUUCACCUCGAUGACCUCACAAUGCCAGUACUUGAAUGGUGGCCGUGGUUACACUCAGGCUUGUAUGGGUGAGCAAAUGUACUACCCUCACCAUCCGAAUACGGGGCGCUCGCCAUCAAGUUCUUUCCUUCCGGUCACCACAUCAACGCUACUUCCGCCGGUAUCGUCCAGCCUCAGCUUACACCCUGUAAGUCCUCAACUACAAGCAUGUCGUCUUUCUGGACAAACUAACGCAUGUGCACUGGCUCAAAGCACUUCUCAUCUGAACCCAGCCACCCAGGGCUACGCUAUUCGGACUUCUCCGCAGCAGAACCACCCGUCUUUGCCUUCGUGCACCUAUAUGCAGACUGCCCAACCAUAUCCAACAACGUUGACCCCCAACGUUCACAUGAUGAACAUGAACUUUACAGGACCUAUGGCGUGACAGUAUAUUCAAGUUGCCUACAGGUGGCGACACUGUAUAGAAAAUAAUUGAAUGAAAAUAAACCCUAUUGGGAUAACACCACAUAGAGGUGUUUUCUGCAAUCGGAAAACUCAAGGUUAUAUCUAUUGAGACGAAACAAAACAUAUGACUAAACUAAAGACAAAUGAUUUUACAAACAAAAUUUUAAAAAUAUAAGCUAAAAUACAAAAAAAAAAUUAACCAAGAAAUGAUAUUGAAUUAUAAAUCAUGAUCUCUGAACAAAAAAUUACAUUUUCACGUUACAAUUUUGAGAAAAGUUUCAUUUGUUUAAAAAACACAAAUCAAAUCUUUGGAGUUGUUCGUUAGAAAAAAAAGCAACUGUAACAGACACCACACAUAAGCAUCAAAGACAAUGUCUGCAUAUAUAUAUAUAAAGUGACUAAACUAAACUGUAUACAUUUGUAAGCAUGUGUAUAUAAAUGUUAUUUUCCGCAUAUGUAUCUGAGUAAAUAUAUAUUUACCUAGAUACAUUACGCCUCUAUGUAUGUAUAUAUGUCAUAUGCAUGUGUGUUUAUAUAAACGUGUGAAUGAUAAGUGCAUAUAUAUCUUUC